AUGUAUAAGUCCGUACCAACUCCUCUUCUAGAUCACCAAUAUCAUGAUUACAUCAGCGUAGCGGUUGAUGCAGCGCUAGCGGCUGGUGAAAUCAUCAGGCACGCUUUUAAGCAACCCAAAAAAGUUGAAGAAAAGCAAAACCAUGCAGACCUGGUGACGGCAACGGAUAAAGCUGCAGAGGACCUCAUCUUCAACCGCAUCCGGCGCUCCUUCCCCGACCACCACUUCAUCGGCGAGGAGUCCUCAGCCGCAGCUACCGGGGGGGUUUCGGAGCAGCUGGGCGACUCCCCCACCUGGAUGGUGGACCCGCUGGACGGUACGACAAAUUUCGUACAUGGUUUUCCUUUCGUGUGCACCAGCAUCGGCCUGGCCGUUGGCCGUGUGGUAGUUGUGGGGGUUGUGUACAACCCCGUUCUGGAGGAGCUGUUUGUGGCGGCUGAAGGCGGGGGGGCCUACUUGAACGGUGAGCGGCUGGCGGCCUCUGGGCGGACUCAGCUAGCUGGGGCCGUGGUGGGAACGGAGGUCGGCACCUCCCGCGACAGUGAAACCCUGGACGCCAUGUUUGGCCGCAUGCGCGCCCUCGCCGCCCUCUCCCGCUCCGUUCGCUGCACGGGCUCGUGCGCUCUGGGGCUGUGUUCCGUGGCGUUGGGGCGAUGUGAUGUGUUUUUCGAAAUCAAUUUCGGGGGGUGCUGGGAUGCGGCGGCGGGGGCGUUGAUGGUUUCGGAGGCUGGUGGCACGGUUUUGGACCCCGCGGGGGCCCCCUGGCACGUUAUGUCACGGCGGGUGUUGGCGGCGGGGAGUGGGGAGCUGGGUCGGGCUGUGGCGGCUGUGCUGGGGGGUUGUAAGUUGGGGAGCGGAGAGGCGGCACCUCCUGGAUUGGGCAUGGGGCCGUCCUUGCGGGGGCGGGGGAGGGGGGAGGAGGAAGGAAGAGGAGAAAAGGUGUGAAUGAGUGCGUAUGUGUUUGUGUAUUUGUGUGUAUGUGUGUAUGUAUGUACGUAUCAAGGAAGAAGUGAAGGGGGUUUAUUUAAGGCAAUGUGCAUUUGGCGAGAGCGGGAGUGUAUGUAUGUGAGGGGAUUGGGGGUGCGUGGAUUGGGUCGUACAUUUCUUCUUUCUCCGUGUGACUGUUUUUCAAAUGCUUUAUAAUUAUGUCUCGGUAGCAGGGUUCGACACUGACCUUCCUGAAACUUGCGGGCUCCCCCGUACCUCCCAAAUUUUCCUUACGGAGGGGCCCCCGUACCAGGCUCCUGUACCGGCCGAAAACCUUACGGCGGCCCCCCGUAACCCCCACAAAACCUUUACGGGGGCGCUGUCCUUGGCUGAAACGCUGUGGAAAGUGACGCUUUGCAUUUUUUGCCCUGUAAAUCGUUAUUUUCGUU